CUGUAGUUCGUGGGAUAGUUUAUUGUGCGACUUCAUUGAUGGAAGCAAUAAUAAUCAAAACAGGAAAGAGCAGUGGACAUAAUGGCAGAUGUACAGAUAGUGGCGCAAGAAAAAUAACUGCAUGUGGCACAAUGCCUCUUAUCAGCAAGAAAAAUAAGAUCUUAAUCAAACCCACAUUAUCUGCGCAGGCUUUAAAAACAAUGCUGCGGAGCAAGCAGGUCUUUGUCACUUGCCAGUGCAAACUCAUCCUUAAAUAAAAAAAACAUGCGCUUGUACAGUAAAAAGUGAAAAAUGUAUCUUCAGUGAUGGAACAUUCGCAUUUGCAUGACUUUAGAUUGACACCAAAUCAUAAAACUAUAGAGAUAUGCAGUUAUAAAAGUUAAAAGCGCCUUGCAAAAAUGUUUCCACACAUUGAGCUUGCUCACUUUUGGCACAUUUAAACCACAAACUUGAAUGUAUCUUUUUGAGGGAGAAAAUAAUCUGAAAAACACAAAAUACAAUUGAGGAGUGGAAGAGAAAUCAUACAUAUCUUUUAGGAUGGGUUAAAUACAAACAUCUAAAAAGUUCAACAUAAAUUUGUAUUAUCAUCACCAGACUAAACAGUUUUGUACACGUAGAGACUGGGAAAAAUCGCCCAAUUCUUCUUUGCGAAAUAGCUGCACCUCUGUCAUCUACGAAAAGCACAUUUUAAGUCCUUACACAGAUUCUUACUGAAUUUAAGACAAGACUACGAUCUAACCAUUCUGAAAUAUGACUAAGUUUUAAUUUAUACCUGCCCCAAAGCUCUGGCUGGAUGUUUUUAAAUAUUAAGCUGUACAGGUGGAAAAUAGCUGAUAUUAUGAGACAAAAUAACCACCUAAGGAAACACAAGGAACACUAAAAUAUCCUAAUGACCAAAAGAACAACAAAUGAUGAAAAAAAAAUACAAAUAUUAAUUUUUCCAUUUUAUUUUUCAUAUUGUGCUUGUACAAUUUCCAUUAGGUCAUGUUAUUUAUGGAUUUGAAUCUUAAAAUUAUCUGGCAGAUUUUUAAUGACUUUUUCUGGUUUAUCUUUUGUCCGCUCUUGCUUAAAUUUCCCGUGUAGAAUAAAGAUAAGAGAUUACGACACUAAACUUCAAGUUCACUUCAAAAUUCCCUGCGUUUCGUUCUUAUAUUAUCAGUUGUAGUCUAAAGGCGUCUAAAUAAAAUCAUUAAGUAAGUUGUCUUUUGAAUGACAUUUAUUUUUAAAUGAUACAUUUUUAGCAAUCCCUCUUAGCCGUGGGCUUGUUGACACUUUCCUUUCCGACAGUCAUGAAGGCAGCGUGAAGAAGCUCCUCCCCCGGCAGUGCGAGCGGGAAGUUCACACGGUUGCUACUUUGAAAGCGUAAGCUGCAUUUGUUAAUUACUUCUGUGGAUUUUUAUCAUAAAAAUAGCUUAGAGGAGCUUUAACAGGACUACAGCGAUGAGCACGGAGGAGAAGAGUGUCCACGCAUCAUCCAGGAGCUUUGGACAAUGCACCUACACGGCGGAGGAGUACCGGGCCGUGCAGGACGCUCUGCAGCAGCGGCUGGGACCCGAGUUCAUCAGCACCAGAAUGGCUGGAGGAGGACAAAAGGUUUGUUACAUUGAAGGACAUCGCGUCAUCAGCCUGGCCAAUGAGAUGUUUGGAUACAAUGGAUGGUCUCACUCCAUUUCCCAGCAAAAUGUCGACUUUGUAGACCUCAUCAAUGGGAAGUUUUAUGUUGGAGUCAGUGCGUUUGUCAAAGUGCAGCUGAAGGACGGAUCGUUUCAUGAGGAUGUGGGCUACGGAGUCAGCGAGGGUCUGAGGUCUAAAGCUCUGUCUCUGGAAAAGGCGAGGAAGGAAGCUGUGACAGACGGCAUGAAGAGAGCUCUGAAAUGUUUCGGCAACGCGCUCGGAAACUGCAUCCUGGAUAAAGAAUACCUCCUCGCGAUUAACAAGAUCCCCAAACAGCCUCGCCCUGAUCCAGACCCGGCACAGACGAAGCGCUCCGAGGGCCAGCCGUCCAUAGAGAAGGCCCGCUUCUGCAGUCUGGUCAGAGAUCAAAACCCAGUGAGUGCAAUAGAACCUGCCAGGAUGCCACUGGAGCCCAGAGUCUUCAAUCAGAACCAAUCAGAGGACCACCGGUCCAGUUCAGCUGGCUCUGCAGCCGACAUGAAGACAGAAAACGUCCUCUCCAGGUCGGCCGCGGACGCUGCCGAUGUCGUCAUGUCUGACCCAAACACGGACCCCAAACAUCAGAGAAAGCUGCGGCAGCAGCAGCUGCAGCAGAAGUUCAGGAGGGAGAUGGAGGCCAGGAAGCUGCAGCAGGAACUGCAACAAGCAAAGUCUGAGGAGGCGGAGGUGGUGAUUGGACGGAGAUCCACGGGAGGUGAGGACGGUGCGUCUGCGUUUAGCGACAACACAACAUCCGAAAACCAGUCAGGCAGCAGGAACACGUGUGCAGGUUUAGUUGCUGAGGUUUCCUCCUCCCGUCUUGCCGUAUCUGCAGACGACCCAGAACUCUGGGAUUUCACUUUGGAUGGGAUCGAGGAUCUGGACGUUCCCGCCGGCGCGUCUUCUCCCAGAGGGAGCAGGCCCAGAACGCCGGGGAGUCACCAGAUGCAGACGCGAAGUAAAACCCCUCAGAGAGCGUCGAACACUCAUUCCAGACAGCCACACAACAAUCAGCACCAGGGGAGACCAGGCGAGGCCUUCAGUCCAUACAGACAAGGACAGCAGCUGAAGAAACGCCGGCUGGACACAUGACACUUUACUCUGUGCUUAGAUGAAAACAUUUGUUUUAUUUAUUUUCAAUAUACUCGUGUUCCUCUUGCACAGCAUUACCGCUACGUUACAAUGUUUGCACCUUAUCGAUCAAAGAAAACCUCUUGUGCACCACUGCUGUCAUAAAAGUGUUUUAAAUAGAAAAAUCGGAAUAAAAUGUUUAAAUCCUUUGAGGAAUGAGCAGACCCUGUAAACAGACAAGUGACACAGACAUUGUUUGUAUUUGAUAUUUUUUAUUUGUUUUUACAUUUUGUACAAUGUGGAAAAAUGUACACAAAACAGACACAGAAUCACAGGAAGUCAGGAGGGAUUGGAUGAGAGAGCCGUGCGCCGGGGACUUUAACGGGACGGAGGGGGUUCUGGGAAUUGUGUGAGCGCGCACGGAUGUUAACCUUUGUGAGCUUGUGUUGUGCAGUGGUCAAGUUGUGAAAUGGUUGUUUGUUUGUAGGAAUAAACACCCAGUAAAGCUAGCAUGCUGAUAAACCUGUUGCUGAGGUUUGCGCCUGUGAUAUUGACAACUGUCAGGAAAGCAAACGAGUAAAAGAAAUACUUAUUCCGUUAUCAAAAACGUUGAAGUUAACACUUCAUCAGCAUGCAAAUGUUUCCAACACGCCUCGCUCCCUAUAAAACUUUAAACAUUGCAUAUUCUGCAUUGCAGGAAGUCAUUUUUUUCUCUAGAGAAGUUUAAACAAUUCGAUCUACAAGCAGGCGAAAGAGUCACAACAACAGCAUGGCACUGCUGCGAGGUGGUGAGACAGCAGCUGAGUCAGCAGGAGGACUUUUGAACCUUUGUACAGCCCACUCUCCACUUAAAACACGUGCUUCUACAAAGUUGUCUAGUAAUAAAUUCACAAAGAAAAUAUCAGCAAAACAAAAACAAAUCCAUGUUCCCACGAGUCACGUAGAAAUACACAGCUGAUUACACAACCAACACAAACGUAAAUGUAGAGAGAAAAGAAACGGCACAUUUUGACUCUGCUCUUGGUUCUGUGUCUGUUUCAGCGUUGCAUGCUCUGGACCGACCGUGUCGAGUGGCUUUUAACUUUUCAUACUGGUUUUAGCUGCAGGAGCUGGAUGAAUCUGGAACCGAUCAUUAGUGAAGAUGCAAGGCACUAAAGUGUUCCUCGUGUUUACGGCUUAGAGUGCAUGUGCAUUAAGAGUGGUGACGGAGUAUUACGUGAAAGCCUCACUUUAGCAUAUUUACAAAAACGACAACAAAAAAAAUAGAAAAUGGGUGCAGGGCGGUCAUAGAAGAGCUUAAUAAAACAGCAGGUUCACUCCUGCACGGUGAGAACGAUAUUAACUGCAACCACCCUGCAAUUGCACUUUUUAAUAUUUCUUUACAUGUUGUUUAACAACCUUUUAAUAAUAAUUACAGUGAAACAACAUCAAAAUCUGAUGGCUGAAUACAGGUCCAUAAAGAACGUUUGUCUGUCGUAUUAAAUAUACACUUACAAAAACAGAUCAAAAAGGAAAACAAACA